UAAAAAUGGUAUUUCCUUAUUUGUAACAAAAAGUUUGAGUUACACAGUAUUUUGAAUUUCAAAUUCACUCUCUCCCCUCUCUCUAUAAAACCCUAAUAAAUGUUUUUGGGUUGUUGAAUUUUUUUGCAGUUUUGAACAAGUUCAGGAAUUAUACUGUCGAAGCUAACCCUUGAGAUAUCACGACUGUGCAAAGCAUGAGUUCCCAAGAAAGUAGUGCACAACCAAUUAGGCGUACAAGGUCCCAGUCAAGAAGAAAUACUGUUCUAAAUGUGGAUCUAAAUGCUGCACCGCCAGCUGAGAACAGAAUUCAGGAAGGAGAUCCUAUUCAUGUUGUGUCUGGGGAUACACCACAAGGACGAAGAGGUUCCUCUUUGACAGCUGGAGCAAUUGAUGUUGAGGCACUUGAUGAUGAUGUGAUUAUAUCAUCCCCUAGGGCGUUUGCAGUAGCUAAGAACAACUCUAGAAGGAAUCAAGGACGGGUUAUUGUGCUUGAUGUGGAUUCUGAGGACCGUGCGUCUAGGGGUAACAGUCGCAACAGGCAUAGAAGAGUCUCUACAAAUCAAGCAGCAAACAAUGGUGAUAUUCACAUAGACCUAGAAGGACAUAGCUGCCCAAAGAGAGUUGAUCUAAGAAGUGCAAUACCAGCACCACCAAAAGAGCCUACAUUCAGCUGUCCAGUGUGCAUGGGUCCAUUAGUUGAGGAGAUGUCAACGAAAUGUGGUCACAUUUUCUGCAAGGCGUGCAUUAAAGCAUCCAUUGCUGCUCAGGGAAAAUGUCCUACGUGUAGGAGGAAACUGGCCGCGAAAGACACCAUAAGAGUAUAUCUUCCUGCCACAAAUUAAGUCCAAGGUAGAACAUGUCAUGGCUAUUAUAUAACAUGGUUGAUCACCUUCUUUGACAGGAUUUUGCUAUCAUUUACAUGACCUCUGGAUGAAGUGUAUGACUAUGUGAGUGGAAGGGAAAGUAUGACUGGAAAUACUUUUUCAGUUUAGCUUUAGGUCUGAAUCAUUGAUGGUACUCUUACAGUAUGUGCCUUUAAAAGAUUGGUGUAAUUAGUAAAUGGAUUUAAGCUACAUGCAUUGACAACUUUUGUGAUAUCAUUUGUGUAAUAUACCUUGAAGAAAAUCUAUGAACCAUUCAGCAA